ACGACGGACAUCGACAGCUCAUCACACACACACACGCACUCUCUCUCUAUCAGAUGGACAUCGAGAGCUUUUUUUCGGCUCUGCUGGAUCCUUCUCGAUUCUUCUUCUAGAUCUCUGUCACCAGAUCAAUGGCGGCUCCUCGACAUCGUUACUGCCGCCUUCUUUGGUAUCGUCCUUCCCUUCACUCCCCUCGGCGAUUCUAUGGCGGCGUCUGGUCAGCAACUUUGCCUAGACAAACCGCCGCCUCCUUCAUCGUUCGAUGACGACGCCGAGGAGUUGACGCAGGCAGAUCAGGAGACCGCCGGGAAAGUGGUUUCUCAGGUUGGAAUUCAUGAGUCUAUGGCUUCGAUUUUGAAAGACCUUGAGAGGUUCAGACCCAAGAGAGCGGCUGAGACGAUGGAGAUUGUGUACUCAUAUUCGCUAAGAGUGCCAGGUGGUAAAGCGGAGGAAGAUGAUGGGAUGACAGCAACCAGAGAGGCCGAGGAAGAGAUUGGAUUGGAACAUUCGCUUGUUGAUGUUGUCACUUCUCUCAAAACAUUUCUGUCUAAGGCUACACGUAAGUCUGCCCCAACCACUGUUGGAGUCAAGAAACCCCAUCGUUACCGUCCUGGAACUAUUGCACUUCGUUAUGUUAACAUAUGGAAGAGCCACAUGUGGAUCGAACAACUUUGCCCUUGCUGCAUCCUGGUUGCUGGGUCAUCUAAACAAGGCUAUAUCUUUGGACUUGGAGCUCUAAAGGAAUUUGCUUUACCAUCUGCUAAUGCUUCUUCAAGUCAACCACAACCAGAAGAAGCAGAGAUGAUUGCAAAUCGCAUGCAAGGGUUGGAAGCUGAACUCAAACAAGGUCAUGAAGAAAAUCUAGAAAUUAAAAAAAGACUUGAAGCUAUUGAGAAGAUGGUUGCAUCUUUUGCAAAUCAGAAUGCUUAAAGCUACUACAUCAUCUAUCUAAUUUAGUAAUUCUAGUUUCUUUUUUAUCUUAACUAUGUUUAGUUUUCAUUUUAUUAAGACUUUUUUAUAUAAAUUAUGUUUGUGUAUUGACUUUGCUUCGACAUAAGUAAUAUAAUCUUUGGUUUAUUAUA